CAAUAAUGCUACCUAGCGUUUUAAAUCUUCCUAGGUAUAAACAAAAUUGUUAAAAAAUAAAUCUUAUUUAGAUAAUCAUUUAAAACCUUAACAAAUAUAUUUAAGAAAAAAUUACACGCUACUAUCCUUAGCUUAAAGCAAUCAGAAUGCCACAAACCUUAUUCAAAAAAGGAAAGAAAGCUUCAUUACGAUCGGAACAUGAUGAUAUCUGGGAUGACACUCUUCUUAUUAAGGCAUAUGAAGAAUCAGUGCGACUUCAAAAAGAAGAAGUUGCAAAACAGCUUGCUAUGAACACAAACAAAAAACAAAAAUCUGACGAAGAGGUGGAAUCAUCAGAUGUUGAAGGUGACAUCGAUGCAGCAUCAACAUCUGGUAAUGAAGAUUUCAAAGUUGGUGAUUACGUUCGUUGCACAUUUGCUGAUGAUGGUGUAGAUUACGAAGCAGAAAUACUCUCAAUAAAUGAAAAUGGAAAUUGUAUUAUUAGGUACAUAGGAUAUGGAAAUGAAGAGCGAGUCAGUAUGGAAAACUUAGUAGCUUCAUGGGGACCAGAAGCUCGUGAAGAACAAAAGAUUCUAGCAGAAGCUGAUCAACAUGAAUCAAGCGAAAAAGAAGAGCACCACGAAGGUCUCCAUAACUUUAUUUUGAAUAAAUCUCAAGGUGUGCGUGAUGGACUUCCAGUUCCACCCAUGCCUCCGAUGCCACCAGCUAUGUUCAGCAGUUCUGGAGAAUCUGAAUAUAUGUCUGCUAUGCUUAUGUCUUGGUACAUGAGUGGGUACUAUACGGGCUUAUAUCAUGGCCGAAAACAAGUAAAAGAAGAAAUUGAAGCUGAAGAAAUGACAAGUGCAUUAUCUUCAAGUAAAGAAACGCCGAUCAAGAAAAAAAAAUUGUCAAGGAAGGGAAAGUAGAAAUUUUUAAAUUAGAAUCAGUAAGAAAAUUGUUUUUGAAAAUAAAAAUAAAGGAAAACCUUUUAUACAAACA